AACCACAGUGAAAAGUCUCCGGUUGUUCUCAAGGAAAAGUUUCCUCUCCGCGUCUUCUAAAUCGAGCCUCGCCAUUGCCGUGUCAACCGGGUACAGCCGGUAUUACCGAUCCACGACAUUUCUCCCAUUUCCUAUUUUACUAGAUUCGUGCCUCUUCCUCGUUUCAAAUCUCUGCUCAUACUCAUACGGGUUCUUUCAGCUCCUUCUUCGACUUUCAUAAAUUUCUAGGGUUUACUUACUCAAGGGUUUAUAUACAUAUAACUAUAUCUAUAUAUACACACACGUUUUCUCUAGAACUUAUUUUACCAGUGACUCUCCGGCGUGAUCUCAGAUCCGGAGAUGUCUCGAGCAGAGGUUUUGUGGGAGCGUUUGGUACGUGCAGCUCUAAGGAGGGAAAGGACCGGGGUUGAUGCAUGGGGGCAGGUAGUAAGUGGCAUUGCUGGAAAUGUCCCGUCUUCCCUUGAAAACAGUAGGGAUGUAGAUGCAAUCUUACGAACUGCAGAUGAAAUUCAAGAUGAAGAUCCAAAUGUCGCAAGAAUCUUAUGUGAGCAUGCUUACUCAUUGGCUCAAAAUCUGGAUCCUAAUAGUGAGGGAAGGGGUGUUUUACAGUUCAAGACUGGCUUGAUGUCUGUUAUCAAGCAAAAGCUAGCAAAGAGGGAGGGUGGAAGCAUUGAUAGAAGCCAGGAUAUCACUCGCUUACAGGAGUUUUACAAGCUUUAUAGAGAGAAGCAUAAUGCGGACAAGCUAAGGGAAGAGGAAAUGAAGCUGAGGGAGUCGGGUGUUUUCAGUGGUAACCUUGGCGAGUUGGAGCGUAAAACUGUGAAAAGGAAAAAGGUUUAUGCAACAUUAAGAGUUCUAGGGAUGGUACUAGAGCAGUUGACGAAGGAGGUCUCUCCUGAAGAUGCAGAAAGACUAAUUCCUGAAGAGCUGAAACGUGUAAUUGAAUCGGAUGCAGCUAUGACGGAAGACUUAAUUGCCUAUAACAUUAUUCCUUUGGAUGCUCCUGCCAUAACAAAUGUGAUUGGGACUUUGCCUGAGGUAAAAGCUGCAGUUUCUGCCUUGAAGUAUUUCAGGGGUCUACCAAAAUUGCCAGAAAAUGUUCCCAUACCAGCCACAAGGAAUGCAGAUAUGCUGGAUUUUCUACAGUAUGUUUUUGGAUUUCAGAAAGACAAUGUCUCUAACCAGCGGGAGCAUAUAGUUCACCUCCUUGCAAAUGAGCAAACUCGGCUUGGUAUUCCUGAAGAGCCUGAACCCCAAUUGGAUGAGGCUGUUGUGCGCAAGGUUUUCUCGAAGUCACUUGAGAACUACAUUAAGUGGUGUAACUAUCUGGGUAUUCAACCAGUAUGGAGCAACAGCAGGUUGGAUGAUGUCAGCAAGGAGAAGAAGUUCUUGUACAUCUCCUUGUAUUUUCUGAUAUGGGGUGAAGCCGCAAACAUUAGAUUUCUUCCAGAAUGCUUGUGCUACAUAUUUCAUCAUAUGGGUAGGGAACUUGAUGAAAUAUUACGGCAACAGAAUGCACUGCCUGCCAACAGUUGCAAUUCUGAGAACGGCGUGUCAUUCGUUGAUCAAGUUAUACGCCCUCUGUAUGAGGUUGUUGCUGCGGAAGCUGCUAAUAAUGAUAAUGGUCGAGCACCCCAUUCUGCGUGGAGAAAUUAUGAUGAUUUUAAUGAAUAUUUUUGGUCACUCCAUUGCUUUGAACUUAGUUGGCCGUGGCGCAAAAGUUCAUCAUUUUUUUUGAAGCCAACACCUAGGUCAAAGAAUAUGCUUAAAUCUGGUGGAGGUAAACGGCGAGGGAAAACUUCAUUUGUUGAGCACCGAACAUUUCUUCAUUUGUACCAUAGUUUCCACCGUCUAUGGAUAUUUCUUUUCAUGAUGUUUCAGGGACUUGGUAUCAUUGCAUUCAAUGAUGGACUUAUUAACUCAAAAACCAUUCGAGAAGUACUCAGUCUCGGCCCAACAUUUGUUGUGAUGAAGUUUUUUGAGAGUGUUCUGGACAUUAUCAUGAUGUUUGGUGCAUAUUCCACAACACGACGCUUGGCUGUUUCACGAAUUUUUCUUCGUUUCCUUUGGUUCAGUAUAGCUUCAGUUUUUAUUUGUUUCCUUUAUGUGAAAGCUCUCAAAGAGGAGAGUAAACAAAAUUCUGGUUCAGUUGUUUUCAAGAUAUAUGUAAUUGUUUUAGGCAUCUAUGCUGGUGUCCAAGUUUUUAUUAGUCUCCUUAUGCAAAUGCCAGCCUUUCACCGUAUGACCAGUCAUUGGGAUCAUUGGCCUUUAAUUCGUUUUAUCAAGUGGAUGCAUCAGGAGCAUUACUAUGUUGGCCGUGGCAUGUAUGAGAGGACCUCCGACUAUAUUAAGUAUUUACUCUUCUGGCUUCUUGUUCUGGGUGGCAAAUUUUCAUUUGCUUACUUCCUUCAGAUCAAGCCUUUGGUUGAACCAACAAGGGCUAUAGUAGAGAUGGAAGGUUUAAAAUAUUCUUGGCAUGAUUUAGUAUCUAAAAAUAACUAUAAUGCUUUGUCGGUUGCUAGCUUAUGGGCACCGGUGAUUGCAAUAUAUCUCUUGGAUAUUUAUGUGUUUUACACCCUCAUAUCAGCCGUCUAUGGUUUUUUGCUCGGUGCAAGAGAUCGUCUUGGAGAGAUCAGAUCUUUGGGAGCCGUUCACAAACUCUUCGAGAAGUUUCCUGAGGCUUUUAUGGAUAAGCUUCAUGUUCCUCUCCCGAGCAGGAGUUCCCUUCGCUCGUCUGGUCUGGUCCUGGAGAAUAAUAAGGCUGAUGCUGCUCAAUUUGCUCCCUUUUGGAACGAGAUUGUAAAGAAUCUGCGGGAAGAAGAUUAUAUUACUAAUUCAGAAAUGGAGUUGCUUCAAAUGCCUAAAAAUACUGGGGAUCUUCCCCUGGUCCAGUGGCCCCUUUUCCUUCUAGCCAGCAAGAUCUUUCUGGCAAAAGAUAUAGCGGUGGAUUGUUGGGAGUCUAGGGAGUCACAAGAAGAGCUAUUCGAUAGGAUCACCAGGGAUGAUUACAUGAAAUAUGCAGUUGAAGAGUGUUUUUACACCAUCAAACUUAUCCUAACAGCCAUAUUGGAUGAUGAAGGAAGGAUGUGGGUUGAAAGGAUAUAUGAAGACAUCCAUUCAAGUAUAACGAAGCGGACCAUUCAUGUGGAUUUUCAACUGACUAAGCUGUCACUUGUGAUUACAAGAAUUACUGCAAUUGUGGGAAUACUGAAAGAGAAUGAAACUCCAGAACUGGAAAGUGGUGCUAUUAAAGCCAUUCAGGAUCUCUAUGAUGUUGUGCGCCAUGAUGUCCUUUCUAUCAAUAUGAGAGAGCACUAUGAGACCUGGAAUAUUUUAUCUAAAGCAAGGACUGAGGGUCGUCUGUUUUCAAAGUUAAGGUGGCCGCAAGAUGCUGAGUUGAGAUCCCAAGUCAAAAGAUUACAUUCAAUUUUAACCAUUAAAGAUUCUGCUGCAAAUAUUCCCAAGAAUCUUGAGGCCAGACGUAGGCUGGAGUUCUUCACAAAUUCACUUUUCAUGGAUAUGCCUGUUGCCAAGCCAGUUCGUGAAAUGUUGCCCUUCAGUGUGUUUACUCCAUAUUAUUCUGAGACUGUGCUUUAUAGCAUGAAUGAACUUCUGAAGAAAAAUGAAGAUGGGAUAUCAGUUUUGUUUUACCUCCAAAAGAUAUAUCCAGAUGAGUGGAGAAAUUUUCUAGCUCGGAUUGGUCGUGAUGAAAGCUCAGCUGACUCUGAACUUUUUGAUAAUCCUAGUGAUGUUCUGGAACUCCGUUUUUGGGCUUCUUACCGAGGACAGACGUUGGCCAGAACUGUUCGGGGAAUGAUGUACUAUAGAAAAGCUCUAAUGCUUCAAACCUAUCUGGAAACGAUAACUGCUGGAGAUGUAGAAGCUGCAAUUUCCAGUAAAGAAGCACCUGAUACUCGAGGUUUUGAGUUAUCUCCUGAAGCGCGGGCUCAUUCAGAUCUGAAGUUUACAUAUGUUGUCACGUGUCAAAUAUAUGGAAAACAGAAAGAAGAGCAAAAACCUGAGGCUGCAGACAUUGCAUUGCUAAUGCAAAGAAAUGAAGCUCUUCGAGUUGCUUUUAUCGAUGAGGUUGAGACUUUAAAGGAUGGUAAAGUGCACACAGAGUUCUACUCAAAACUUGUGAAGGGUGAUAUCAACGGGAAAGAUAAGGAAAUUUACUCCAUAAAAUUGCCCGGAAAUCCCAAACUUGGUGAAGGGAAACCUGAAAAUCAAAAUCAUGCUGUUGUAUUUACACGUGGAAAUGCAGUGCAGACAAUUGAUAUGAAUCAGGAUAAUUAUUUUGAGGAAGCUUUGAAGAUGAGAAAUCUUCUUGAAGAAUUCCAUCGUGACCAUGGAAUUCGGCCUCCUACCAUUCUAGGUGUGAGGGAACAUGUGUUUACAGGAAGUGUCUCUUCUUUAGCGUCUUUCAUGUCCAAUCAAGAAGCUAGCUUUGUAACUCUUGGUCAGCGUGUUCUAGCAAAUCCUUUGAAGAUUCGUAUGCAUUAUGGCCAUCCCGAUGUUUUUGAUAGAGUUUUCCAUAUAACAAGGGGGGGUAUCAGCAAGGCCUCUCGUGUAAUUAACAUUAGUGAGGAUAUCUUUUCAGGGUUCAAUUCAACUUUACGACAAGGAAAUGUUACUCACCAUGAAUACAUUCAGGUUGGCAAGGGACGAGAUGUCGGGCUCAAUCAGAUUGCUUUAUUUGAAGGGAAAGUCGCUGGUGGCAACGGUGAACAAGUUCUUAGUAGGGAUGUUUACAGACUUGGGCAGCUGCUUGAUUUCAUCAGAAUGCUCUCCUUCUACUUCACAACUGUUGGAUACUAUUUCUGCACAAUGUUAACGGUGCUGACAGUAUACUUUUUCCUCUAUGGAAAGGCCUAUUUGGCACUGUCUGGACUUGAUGGAGAAAUUGAAGAUAGAGCUAAAAUAUCCAAGAAUACUGCCCUGAGCGCUGCUUUAAACACACAGUUUCUCUUCCAAAUUGGUAUCUUUACUGCUGUGCCAAUGAUUUUGGGUUUCAUAUUGGAAAUGGGAUUUCUAAGGGCUGUAGUUAGUUUUGUCACUAUGCAGCUUCAGCUUUGCACCAUCUUCUUCACAUUCUCUCUGGGCACCAGAACACAUUAUUUUGGUCGGACUAUUCUCCAUGGUGGUGCACGGUAUCAAGCAACUGGUAGGGGAUUUGUGGUCCGGCAUAUAAAAUUUUCUGAGAAUUACAGGAUUUACUCCCGCAGCCAUUUUGUUAAAGGAUUGGAAGUUGUGCUUUUGUUGGUAGUAUACCUUGCGUAUGGUUCUAACAAUGGCAGUGCACUAUCCUACAUACUUCUUACUGUUAGUAGUUGGUUCAUGGCUAUUUCUUGGCUUUUUGCUCCCUAUUUGUUUAAUCCAUCCGGUUUUGAGUGGCAGAAGACUGUAGAGGACUUCAGAGAUUGGACAAAUUGGCUUCUUUAUCGAGGUGGAAUUGGAGUUAAAGGAGAAGAAAGCUGGGAAGCUUGGUGGGAUGAAGAACUGGCACAUAUUCGAAGCUUUUCAGGGAGGGUAUUGGAAACUAUUCUGAGCCUUAGAUUUUUUAUAUUCCAGUAUGGGGUUGUCUACAAGUUAGACGUACAUGGAUCAGAUACAUCAUUAACGGUGUAUGGCUUAUCAUGGGUUGUGCUGGCGGUUCUUAUAAUUCUUUUCAAGGUAUUCACCUUCAGCCAGAAGAUCUCAGUUAAUUUUCAGCUGCUGUUGCGCUUUAUCCAAGGUGUCUCCUUCUUGCUUGCACUGGCUGGUAUAGCUGUUGCAGUGGGAUUGACAGACCUGUCAAUCGUGGAUAUAUUUGCUUCUAUCCUGGCAUUUGUACCCACUGGUUGGGGCAUCCUUUCUAUUGCUGCGGCUUGGAAACCUUUGAUGAAGAGGCUGGGAUUGUGGAAAUCUGUUCGUUCAAUUGCCCGUUUAUAUGAUGCCGGGAUGGGGAUGCUCAUCUUCGUUCCCAUUGCAUUAUGUUCAUGGUUUCCAUUCAUAUCCACAUUCCAAACCCGACUUAUGUUCAACCAAGCGUUCAGUAGAGGUUUGGAAAUCUCUCUUAUCCUUGCUGGAAACAAUCCCAACACCGGGAUAUGAUGACAGUCUCGUUCCUUGUAGCCUAUCUUUGUAAAUGAGAUAUUUUUUUAUUUUUUAUUUUUCUGUAGACAUUUCAGGAAAACUCUCGGGUUUUUUUUUUUUCUUCAUUUUUUGAUGUAGCAAAGCUGUUACAUAUGUAUUUUGGAUUGACAUUUGUAAGCAGCAAAAGUGAAAACCAAUACAAUCUUUGAUUACUUUUUAUCA